AUGCCGUUCAUUACCACCACCACCAAUAUGGAGUCUACGCUCGACCUCCGGGUGUAUAACUCAUAUACAGUUCACGAGCACCAGCGGACCAUCGUCGUAUCAGGCACCCUGGAUGACGGAAUGCGGCCCCUUCCCUCCACGGCUUGUGUCGCGCGGGCUUUCUCGUGCAGUGCUAUUGUGAGCUACGAGCCUGAGGAGAACCCGGCGUCGUCAACACCCCCGCCCCCGCACCCGCAUCGAAACCCCCGGCUAAACCCCCCCGAACCUCCCGAACCCCACGCACCCCCAGAAAACAACCCCCCGCCCGAAAUCCACACCCUGCCCGCCAAAUGCCCCUCCGGCAAGGGCUUCGACGCCGGCAGCCCGAUCCGCUGCCUCCACAAGGAGCCCGGGCGGUACAUCUGCAUGUCGCCGGUGGGGUGGGCGCGCCCGCACUGCCAGCGGGUUUUUCCGUCGGUGUUCCUCCUCCGGCAGCAUCUGCGAGCAGGAAGAGCCGAACGGAAUUGUUUGGCUCUUGUGCGCCCUUCAGAUUCUGCGCGUCCGCUAUCCGGUCACCGUCCAUCCGCUGCCUGA